AUGUCAAACAAGGUUGAAGAGGGCAACACUCCAAAAACAGAUACCUUAUUCUCUAAGGGCAACUCUCCAAAAACAGAUAUCUUAUUCUCUAAGGGCAACUCUCCUAAAACAGAUACCUUAUUCUCUAAGGGCAACUUUCCAAAAACAGAAACCUUAUUCUCUAAGGGCAACUCUCCUAAAACAGAUACCUUAUUCUCCAAGGGCAACUCUCCUAAAACAAAUACCUUAUUCUCUAAGGACAACUCUCCUAAAACAAAUACCUUAUUCUCUAAGGACAACUCUCCUAAAACAGAUACCUUGUUCUCUAAGGACAACUCUCCUAAAACAGAAACCUUAUUCUCUAAGGACAACUCUCCAAAAACAAAUACCUUAUUCUCUAAGGACAACUCUCCUCAAACAGAAACCUUAUUCUCUAAGGACAACUCUCCUAAAACAGAUACCUUAUUCUCUAAGGACAACUCUCCUAAAACAAAUACCUUAUUCUCUAAGGACAACUCUCCUAAAACAAAUACCUUAUUCUCUAAGGACAACUCUCCUAAAACAGAUACCUUGUUCUCUAAGGGCAACUCUCCUAAAACAAAUACCUUAUUCUCUAAGGGCAACUCUCCUAAAACAGAAACCUUAUUCUCUAAGGGCAACUCUCCUAAAACAGAUACCUUAUUCUCUAAGGGCAACUCUCCUAAAACAGAUACCUUAUUCUCUAUGACAACUCUCCAAAAACAGAUACCUUAUUCUCUAUGUACCUUAUUCUCUAAGGGCAACUCUCCUAAAACAGAUACCUUAUUCUCCAAGGGCAACUCUCCUAAAACAGAUACCUUAUUCUCCAAGGACAACUCUCCUAAAACAGAAACCUUAUUCUCUAAGGGCAACUCUCCUAAAACAGAUACCUUGUUCUCUAAGGGCAACUCUCCAAAAACAGAAACCUUAUUCUCUAAGGACAACUCUCCUAAAACAGAUACCUUAUUCUCUAAGGGCAACUCUCCUAAAACAAAUACCUUAUUCUCUAAGGACAACUCUCCUAAAACAGAUACCUUAUUCUCUAAGGGCAACACUCCAAAAACAGAUACCUUAUUCUCCAAGGACAACUCUCCAAAAACAGAAACCUUAUUCUCUAUGACAACUCUCCAAAAACAGAUACCUUAUUCUCUAUGUACCUUAUUCUCUAAGGGCAACUCUCCUAAAACAGAUACCUUAUUCUCCAAGGGCAACUCUCCUAAAACAGAUACCUUAUUCUCCAAGGACAACUCUCCUAAAACAGAAACCUUAUUCUCUAAGGGCAACUCUCCUAAAACAGAUACCUUGUUCUCUAAGGGCAACUCUCCAAAAACAGAAACCUUAUUCUCUAAGGACAACACUCCAAAAACAGAUACCUUAUUCUCCAAGGACAACUCUCCUAAAACAGAUACCUUAUUCUCUAAGGGCAACUCUCCAAAAACAGAUAUCUUAUUCUCUAAGGGCAACUCUCCAAAAACAGAAACCUUAUUCUCUAAGGGCAACUCUCCAAAAACAGAAACCUUAUUCUCUAAGGACAACACUCCAAAAACAGAAACCUUAUUCUCUAAGGACAACUCUCCUAAAACAGAUACCUUAUUCUCUAAGGACAACUCUCCAAAAACAGAUAUCUUAUUCUCUAAGGGCAACUCUCCAAAAACAGAUACCUUGUUCUCUAAGGGCAACUCUCCUAAAACAAAUACCUUGUUCUCUAAGGGCAACUCUCCAAAAACAGAUACCUUAUUCUCUAAGGGCAACUCUCCAAAAACAGAUACCUUAUUCUCUAAGGGCAACUCUCCAAAAACAGAAACCUUAUUCUCUAAGGGCAACUCUCCUAAAACAGAUACCUUAUUCUCUAUGGAAAAAAAUAAGAAAAAACGUAGAUGA